AUGGAGGUGGAGCAGGUGACUUUGACCGUGGAUGAGGUGUCACCUCGUAUGGAAUCCUUGACGUCCUCAGCUGAAGAACGUGUUGUCAGUGAGGCUGUUCCACUGGAGGAGACGGUCUAUGAUGUGUACGAAACGGAACAGGUUGAAGCUGUAACACGUCCUACCACUGACGCUGUCGCUUCUGGUGUUGUCUCCUCGACUACUCCUUCUCUGUCUGACGUUGUCAGUGUUGAAGAACUUCCUUCUGAGGUAAAACCUCCAGAAUGUUCAAAACCGACUGCUCCUUCAACUCCUGUCAAUAUAAAAAUUAUUAUAAUUCCACCAGAAAGUCCAUCUUCAAAAUCUAAACUUCAUAUAACUUGGCAACAACCUGAUGAUAUUCCAGUCACUAAUUUUUAUAUAGAAUUAAAACCAUCAAAUUCCAAAACAUGGCAAGAUGUAUCUGCUGAUUUCACUAUUACUGAACCUGAUGCAAUUCUGCCAACUGAUAACUUGCAAGAAUUUGUCAGUUAUGAAUUUCGUGUUACUGCUGAAAAUGAAGCAGGCAAAAGUCAUCCGUCAAUACCAUCGAAUUCAAUAGAAUUAGGUAUACCGCUAGAAUUCAUUCGCCCAUUGACGGAUAUAACUGUCAGCGCAGUGACAAAUGAACCAGUCGUACUUGAAUGUGAGCUAUCUCGAACUCCACGUGACAAGAUCCAAUGGUUUAAGGAUGGAAAAUCACUACCCAGCAGACUGUCGAGUAGAAUAAAAGUUGAAGAGUUGGAGAAUGGAAAAGUUCACCGAAUUAUCUUCAGUCCAUUGACAGAGGAAGAUCUAGGUGUUUAUUCUGUGAAAGUAGAGAAUUUGACAAGUGAAGCACGAGUGGAUAUGAAGAUUGCACCAACACUGAAGCUGUCGGAAUCAUUCUCUGACAAAGUCAUCAUGAAAGCAGGAGAGGCGGCCGUCUUCGAAAUACCAUUCGUCGCCAGUCCGAAACCGACAGUGACCUGGUCAUGGAGGCCAAGAACGCGUCCUGAUGCGGAGUUGGGAUCAGCUCAGACUCCACGAUUUAAGGCUGACGUGGUGUCCGGACUGACAUCACUUCCAGUGAGUAAGGUGAAGCGUGAAGAUGCUGGUGAGUAUAGUGUGGUCAUCAGUAAUGAAUUGGGCGAGGUGACAGUGAGCAUUGAGUUGAUUGUAUUGGACAAACCAUCUGUACCUCGCAAUUUAGUUGCGAGUGAUAACACUGGUGAGAGUGUUUUGUUAAGUUGGACGGAACCAGAAUUCCUCGGUCUUCAUCCUGAUGUAGGAGUUAGUGAUGGAUUGAGUUACGUUGUCGAGAUGCGUGAGUCAAAUCAACGUGCGAGUAGGUCGGUGACAGUGACGAGUGAAUUGAAUACUCUUAUAGACAAAUUGCAAGUGAACAAGUCGUAUGUGUUUAGUGUUGCAGCUAAAAAUGAUGUCGGUCAGUCGGAAUUCGCUGAAACGAGUCCAGUUUCGACGAAGUUGGAAUAUGGUCCACCAUCGAGUCCAGUCAAUGUGAAGGCAGUCGUCAAUCCACCGAAGGCGUCUAUCAAAGAUCAAACGAUAGAAUUGACGUGGGAACAACCAACCGACCAAGUGUCUGCCAGUGGACCGGUCACAAACUUCUACAUCGAAUUGAAGCCUGAAGAUUCAACUCGAUGGCAGGACGUGAGUGCCGACUUCACAAUCACCGAACCACACUUCACACUUCCUACUGAUAAAUUGCAAGAGUUUGUGAGUUAUGAGUUCCGUGUAACAUCAGAGAAUAAAGCUGGCAAGAGUAAACCUUCUUCACCAUCGAACGCUGUUCAACUAGGUAUACCGCUAGAAUUCAUUCGCCCAUUGACGGAUAUAACUGUCAGCGCAGUGACAAAUGAACCAGUCGUACUUGAAUGUGAGCUAUCUCGAACUCCACGUGACAAGAUCCAAUGGUUUAAGGAUGGAAAAUCACUACCCAGCAGACUGUCGAGUAGAAUAAAAGUUGAAGAGUUGGAGAAUGGAAAAGUUCACCGAAUUAUCUUCAGUCCAUUGACAGAGGAAGAUCUAGGUGUUUAUUCUGUGAAAGUAGAGAAUUUGACAAGUGAAGCACGAGUGGAUAUGAAGAUUGCGAGUGAUAACACUGGUGAGAGUGUUUUGUUAAGUUGGACGGAACCAGAAUUCCUCGGUCUUCAUCCUGAUGUAGGAGUUAGUGAUGGAUUGAGUUACGUUGUCGAGAUGCGUGAGUCAAAUCAACGUGCGAGUAGGUCGGUGACAGUGACGAGUGAAUUGAAUACUCUUAUAGACAAAUUGCAAGUGAACAAGUCGUAUGUGUUUAGUGUUGCAGCUAAAAAUGAUGUCGGUCAGUCGGAAUUCGCUGAAACGAGUCCAGUUUCGACGAAGUUGGAAUAUGGUCCACCAUCGAGUCCAGUCAAUGUGAAGGCAGUCGUCAAUCCACCGAAGGCGUCUAUCAAAGAUCAAACGAUAGAAUUGACGUGGGAACAACCAACCGACCAAGUGUCUGCCAGUGGACCGGUCACAAACUUCUACAUCGAAUUGAAGCCUGAAGAUUCAACUCGAUGGCAGGACGUGAGUGCCGACUUCACAAUCACCGAACCACACUUCACACUUCCUACUGAUAAAUUGCAAGAGUUUGUGAGUUAUGAGUUCCGUGUAACAUCAGAGAAUAAAGCUGGCAAGAGUAAACCUUCUUCACCAUCGAACGCUGUUCAACUAGGUAUACCGCUAGAAUUCAUUCGCCCAUUGACGGAUAUAACUGUCAGCGCAGUGACAAAUGAACCAGUCGUACUUGAAUGUGAGCUAUCUCGAACUCCACGUGACAAGAUCCAAUGGUUUAAGGAUGGAAAAUCACUACCCAGCAGACUGUCGAGUAGAAUAAAAGUUGAAGAGUUGGAGAAUGGAAAAGUUCACCGAAUUAUCUUCAGUCCAUUGACAGAGGAAGAUCUAGGUGUUUAUUCUGUGAAAGUAGAGAAUUUGACAAGUGAAGCACGAGUGGAUAUGAAGAUUGCGAGUGAUAACACUGGUGAGAGUGUUUUGUUAAGUUGGACGGAACCAGAAUUCCUCGGUCUUCAUCCUGAUGUAGGAGUUAGUGAUGGAUUGAGUUACGUUGUCGAGAUGCGUGAGUCAAAUCAACGUGCGAGUAGGUCGGUGACAGUGACGAGUGAAUUGAAUACUCUUAUAGACAAAUUGCAAGUGAACAAGUCGUAUGUGUUUAGUGUUGCAGCUAAAAAUGAUGUCGGUCAGUCGGAAUUCGCUGAAACGAGUCCAGUUUCGACGAAGUUGGAAUAUGGUCCACCAUCGAGUCCAGUCAAUGUGAAGGCAGUCGUCAAUCCACCGAAGGCGUCUAUCAAAGAUCAAACGAUAGAAUUGACGUGGGAACAACCAACCGACCAAGUGUCUGCCAGUGGACCGGUCACAAACUUCUACAUCGAAUUGAAGCCUGAAGAUUCAACUCGAUGGCAGGACGUGAGUGCCGACUUCACAAUCACCGAACCACACUUCACACUUCCUACUGAUAAAUUGCAAGAGUUUGUGAGUUAUGAGUUCCGUGUAACAUCAGAGAAUAAAGCUGGCAAGAGUAAACCUUCUUCACCAUCGAACGCUGUUCAACUAGGUAUACCGCUAGAAUUCAUUCGCCCAUUGACGGAUAUAACUGUCAGCGCAGUGACAAAUGAACCAGUCGUACUUGAAUGUGAGCUAUCUCGAACUCCACGUGACAAGAUCCAAUGGUUUAAGGAUGGAAAAUCACUACCCAGCAGACUGUCGAGUAGAAUAAAAGUUGAAGAGUUGGAGAAUGGAAAAGUUCACCGAAUUAUCUUCAGUCCAUUGACAGAGGAAGAUCUAGGUGUUUAUUCUGUGAAAGUAGAGAAUUUGACAAGUGAAGCACGAGUGGAUAUGAAGAUUGCACCAACACUGAAGCUGUCGGAAUCAUUCUCUGACAAAGUCAUCAUGAAAGCAGGAGAGGCGGCCGUCUUCGAAAUACCAUUCGUCGCCAGUCCGAAACCGACAGUGACCUGGUCAUGGAGGCCAAGAACGCGUCCUGAUGCGGAGUUGGGAUCAGCUCAGACUCCACGAUUUAAGGCUGACGUGGUGUCCGGACUGACAUCACUUCCAGUGAGUAAGGUGAAGCGUGAAGAUGCUGGUGAGUAUAGUGUGGUCAUCAGUAAUGAAUUGGGCGAGGUGACAGUGAGCAUUGAGUUGAUUGUAUUGGACAAACCAUCUGUACCUCGCAAUUUAGUUGCGAGUGAUAACACUGGUGAGAGUGUUUUGUUAAGUUGGACGGAACCAGAAUUCCUCGGUCUUCAUCCUGAUGUAGGAGUUAGUGAUGGAUUGAGUUACGUUGUCGAGAUGCGUGAGUCAAAUCAACGUGCGAGUAGGUCGGUGACAGUGACGAGUGAAUUGAAUACUCUUAUAGACAAAUUGCAAGUGAACAAGUCGUAUGUGUUUAGUGUUGCAGCUAAAAAUGAUGUCGGUCAGUCGGAAUUCGCUGAAACGAGUCCAGUUUCGACGAAGUUGGAAUAUGGUCCACCAUCGAGUCCAGUCAAUGUGAAGGCAGUCGUCAAUCCACCGAAGGCGUCUAUCAAAGAUCAAACGAUAGAAUUGACGUGGGAACAACCAACCGACCAAGUGUCUGCCAGUGGACCGGUCACAAACUUCUACAUCGAAUUGAAGCCUGAAGAUUCAACUCGAUGGCAGGACGUGAGUGCCGACUUCACAAUCACCGAACCACACUUCACACUUCCUACUGAUAAAUUGCAAGAGUUUGUGAGUUAUGAGUUCCGUGUAACAUCAGAGAAUAAAGCUGGCAAGAGUAAACCUUCUUCACCAUCGAACGCUGUUCAACUAGGCGUUCCACUCGAAUUUAUACGACCACUAACUGACUUGACUGUUGACAAAGUAACCAAUGAACCAGUCAUCCUUGAGUGUGAACUAUCUCGUACUCCUCGUGAUAAAGUACAAUGGUUGAAGGAUGGGAAACCUAUUGGUCGUCUACCAGACCGUGUGACAAUUGGGGAGUUGGAGAAUGGGAAAAUCCAUCGUGUGAAGUUCACUUCAUUAAUGGAUGAUGAUUUAGGUGUAUAUAGUUUACGUGUUGAGAAGUUAUCUAGUGAAUGUCGACUAGAUAUGAAAGUACCGCCAACAUUGAGAUUAUCCGAUUCGUUCUCCGAUCGAGUGAUCAUCAAGGCUGGAGGUGCCAUGGUGUUCGAAAUACCAUUCACUGCCAGUCCUAAACCAAAAGUCGAAUGGACAUGGAGACAGCGAAGUCGACCAGAUGGUGAAUUGGGACCGGUACAAAGUCCACGAUUUAAGGCUGACGUGGUGUCGGGAUUGACGUCAUUGCCUGUGAGUAAGGUGAAGCGUGAGGAUGCCGGUGACUACACAGUGGUGAUCAGUAACGAGUUGGGUGAAGUGUCUGUGACGAUUCAGAUGAUUGUGAUUGACAAGCCAUCUGUACCUCGUGAUCUGGAGGUGAGUGAGAACAGUGGUGAGAGUGUGUUGUUGAGUUGGAAGGAGCCUGAAUUCGUUGGUUUGUCCACAACGACUGCGACGACGCCGACGGAUGUGAAUGUGAGUGGUGCUGGUGGAUUGUUGGAGUAUGUGGUUGAGAUGCGUGAGUCUAGCCAACGUGCUGGUCGUGGUGUGAGAAAAACGAGUGAAUUGAGUGUGAGGAUUGACGAUCUUCAGAUCAACAAGUCGUAUGUGUUUAGUGUUGCAGCGAAGAAUGAUGUUGGUCAAUCAGAGUUUGCAGAAACGAAACCAAUUUCAACUAAAUUAGAUUAUGGUCCACCAUCGAGUCCAGUCAAUGUGAAGGCAGUCGUCAAUCCACCGAAGGCCUCCAUCAAAGAUCAAACGAUAGAAUUGACGUGGGAACAACCAACCGACCAAGUGUCUGCCAGUGGACCGGUCACAAACUUCUACAUCGAAUUGAAGCCUGAAGAUUCAACUCGAUGGCAGGACGUGAGUGCCGACUUCACAAUCACUGAACCACACUUCACACUUCCUACUGAUAAAUUGCAAGAGUUUGUGAGUUAUGAGUUCCGUGUAACAUCAGAGAAUAAAGCUGGCAAGAGUAAACCUUCUUCACCAUCAAAUGCAAUACGAUUAGGCGUUCCACUCGAAUUUAUACGACCACUAACUGACUUGACUGUUGACAAAGUAACCAAUGAACCAGUCAUCCUUGAGUGUGAACUAUCUCGUACUCCUCGUGAUAAAGUACAAUGGUUGAAGGAUGGGAAACCUAUUGGUCGUCUACCAGACCGUGUGACAAUUGGGGAGUUGGAGAAUGGGAAAAUCCAUCGUGUGAAGUUCACUUCAUUAAUGGAUGAUGAUUUAGGUGUAUAUAGUUUACGUGUUGAGAAGUUAUCUAGUGAAUGUCGACUAGAUAUGAAAGUCCCACCAACAUUGAGGUUAUCCGAUUCGUUCUCCGAUCGGGUGAUCAUCAAGGCUGGAGGUGCCAUGGUGUUCGAAAUACCAUUCACUGCCAGUCCUAAACCAAAAGUCGAAUGGACAUGGAGACAGCGAAGUCGACCAGAUGGUGAAUUGGGACCGGUACAAAGUCCACGAUUUAAGGCUGACAUGGUGUCGGGAUUGACGUCAUUGCCUGUGAGUAAGGUGAAGCGUGAGGAUGCCGGUGACUACACAGUGGUGAUCAGUAACGAGUUGGGUGAAGUGUCUGUGACAAUUCAGAUGAUUGUGAUUGACAAGCCAUCUGUACCUCGCGAUCUGGAGGUGAGUGAGAACAGUGGUGAGAGUGUGUUGUUGAGUUGGAAGGAGCCUGAAUUCGUUGGUUUGUCCACGACGACGACGACGACGGAUGUGAAUGUGAGUGGUGCUGGUGGAUUGUUGGAGUAUGUGGUUGAGAUGCGUGAGUCUAGCCAACGUGCUGGUCGUGGUGUGAGAAAAACGAGUGAAUUGAGUGUGAGGAUUGACGAUCUUCAGAUCAACAAGUCGUAUGUGUUUAGUGUUGCAGCGAAGAAUGAUGUUGGUCAAUCAGAGUUUGCAGAAACGAAACCAAUUUCAACUAAAUUAGAUUAUGGUCCACCAUUGAGUCCAGUCAAUGUGAAGGCAGUCAUCAAUCCACCGAAGGCCUCCAUCAAAGAUCAAACGAUAGAAUUGACGUGGGAACAACCAACCGACCAAGUGUCUGCCAGUGGACCGGUCACAAACUUCUACAUCGAAUUGAAGCCUGAAGAUUCAACUCGAUGGCAGGACGUGAGUGCCGACUUCACAAUCACCGAACCACACUUCACACUUCCUACUGAUAAAUUGCAAGAGUUUGUGAGUUAUGAGUUCCGUGUAACAUCAGAGAAUAAAGCUGGCAAGAGUAAACCUUCUUCACCAUCGAACGCUGUUCAACUAGGUAUUCCACUAGAAUUUGUUCGUCCAUUGAUUGAUGUUACUGUAAAUGAGGUUGAUGAAAAACCAGUUGUAUUGGAAUGUGAAUUAUCUCGUUCACCACGUGAUAAGGUACAAUGGUUAAAAGAUGGUAAAUCUCUAAGCCGUUUACCAAACUAUGUAUCAGUUGAAGAAUCAAGUGACAAAAAAAUUCACUCUAUUAAGUUCCGCUCCUUAACUGAUGAUGAUUUGGGCGUCUAUACGAUAAAAGUAGAAAAGUUAUCAAGUGAGGCGAAACUUUCAAUGAAAGUUCCACCAACAUUGAGAUUAUCCGAUUCGUUCUCCGAUCGGGUGAUCAUCAAGGCUGGAGGUGCUAUGGUGUUCGAAAUACCAUUCACUGCCAGUCCUAAACCAAAAGUCGAAUGGACAUGGAGACAGCGAAGUCGACCAGAUGGUGAAUUGGGACCGGUACAAAGUCCACGAUUUAAGGCUGACGUGGUGUCGGGAUUGACGUCAUUGCCUGUGAGUAAGGUGAAGCGUGAGGAUGCCGGUGACUACACAGUGGUGAUCAGUAACGAGUUGGGUGAAGUGUCUGUGACGAUUCAGAUGAUUGUGAUUGACAAGCCAUCUGUACCUCGUGAUCUGGAGGUGAGUGAGAACAGUGGUGAGAGUGUGUUGUUGAGUUGGAAGGAGCCUGAAUUCGUUGGUUUGUCCACAACGACUGCGACGACGCCGACGGAUGUGAAUGUGAGUGGUGCUGGUGGAUUGUUGGAGUAUGUGGUUGAGAUGCGUGAGUCUAGUCAACGUGCUGGUCGUGGAGUGAGCAAAACGAGUGAAUUGAGUGUGAGGAUUGACGAUCUUCAGAUCAACAAGUCGUAUGUGUUUAGUGUUGCAGCGAAGAAUGAUGUUGGUCAAUCAGAGUUUGCAGAAACGAAACCAGUUUCAACUAAAUUAGAUUAUGGACCUCCAACUCCUCCAUUGAAUGUUACUGCAUCUGUAUCUCCAUCAUGUGCUGAACCAGAAGAUCAAAUGAUAACAGUGAAUUGGUCCGAACCUGAAACAGCAACAGCAACAACAUCUACUGGAUCAUCUCCACUUUAUUACACUGUAGAGUAUAGAGUAGAUGAAGGACGUGUUUGGAAUAAAUUAAUCUGUGGUAAAGAAGUUACUGGUAUGAAAUUAGAUUUUCCUCCAAUUAAAGAAAAUUUGAGCGCUGGUAAAUCAUAUGACUUCAGAGUUAUAGCUGUAAAUAAAGCUGGUACAAGUGAACCAUCAAAACCAUCGAAUUCAAUCCAACUAGGUAUAGUACUUGAAUUUAUACGUCAAUUAGAAGAUUUAAUUAUAACUAACAUUGAACCAAUUGAAUAUAAAUUAGAAUGUGAAUUAUCACGUAAACCAAGAACAAUGAUAGCUUGGACAAAAGAUAAUAAACCAUUAAUUAUAAGACCAGAUGAUACUCAUAUGAAAUUUAUUGAUCAAGGCACAAUUCAAUCAAUUCAUUUUACACAUUUAAUUGAUACAGAUAUUGGUGAUUAUGCAAUACAAGUAGAGAAUAUUUCAUCAAAAUGUAAAUUAGAAAUUAAAGCUCCACCAACAAUUCAAAUGUCUGAUCAAUUUGAAGAUCAUAUUACUUUAAAGGCUGGUAGUUCAAAAAUUCUAGAAAUUCCAUUUAUAUCUUCACCAAAACCUAAAAUUAAAUGGACAUGGGCGCCAAGUACUGACUUGACUCAAGAACAAACCCCUAGAUUUAAACCGGAUAUAGUUUCUGGUUUAACUACAUUACCUUUAAGUCGAGUGAAACGUGAAGAUAGUGGAGCAUAUAAAGUUAAAAUAUCAAAUGAUCUUGGUGAAAUUUUCAUAACAAUUCAUGUCAUUGUUAUUGACAAACCAUCUCCACCAAGAAAUCUUACAAUAACUGAUGCUACAGAAAAAUCAGUCAUGUUUAAUUGGGAUCUACCAGUUAAUGUAAAUGAAAAUGAAUCUUUAGAAUAUGUUGUAAAUUAUCGAGAUGCAACCAAAUAUUCAAGUCAACCAAUUAAUGUUUGUGUAACAAAGGAAUUGAAAACAUUUAUAGAUGGUCUUAAACUGGGAUCUCAAUAUAUAUUCUCAGUUUGUGCACGAAAUGAAGUUGGUGAUUCCGCCUUUGCUGAAAGUCAGGCAUUCUUAAUGAAGUAUUCUUUUGACCCACCUGAAGCUCCAGGAAUACCUCAUGUUACUAUAUUAGAAAGUGGUCACGUUUCACUGGAAUGGACACCUCCUUCAUCGGACGGUGGUUCUCCCAUCACAGAGUAUUUCAUUGAAAGCAUGGAUGAACGUCCAGUUGUAAAAGGUCAGCGCCGUACAUCGACCUAUGGUUCUCGAGCACAGUGGAAUUCACUAACUUCAGGAAUCAUAUUUGAGCCUAAUGUUCAACCGAAAGCUUCAGUAACUGGUUUGUCUCCUGAUAAACAAUAUACAUUCCGUGUAUGUGCUAUUAAUAAAGCUGGUAAAGGGCCAUUUAGUCCACCAUCAGAAUCUUGUUUACCCUUAAUGAAACCUCCUAAAGUUCCUGGAAAACCUGGUCCUGUAACCGUCGAACCUUUAAACGAAACAAGUAUCAAUUUAAGUUGGACACCUGGUACUGUAAACGAAGACUUUGGACCAGCUGACUAUUAUAUAAUUGAAGCUUGUGAAGAUGAUGGUAAUGACUGGAAAGAAGUUGGAAAGACAUCCAAGCCAGAUGAUUGUAACUUGAACGUGAACAAUCUAGAUAGUUCAACACGUUAUCAAUUCCGUGUUCGUGGAGUGAAUAAAGAAGGUGUCGGUGAACCAUCAAAACCAUCAGAAAGGAUUUGUUUAAAGAAAGAUGCUCCAUUAGUUAUAACUAAAGAAUUAGAAUCAAUUCAUUUGAAUGAAAUUCCGCAAACAAUUGAAUAUGAAUGUCAUCUUUCUAAAUUACCACAAAAAGUUCAAUGGUUCUAUAAUAAUAAACGUUUAGAUACAUCAAAUUUACGUAAAUAUCGUUUUCUUGAUGAUGGUAAAAUACAAAAAUUAGAAGUAUUAAAAAUUACAUUAGAUGAUGUUGGUGAAUAUUCUAUUAAAAUUGAUAAAUUAGAAUCAAAGGCAACAUUUGAAAUUGAUUUACCACCUAAACUCUGUCUACCAGAUGAUUUCUCUGAUACAAUCAUACUUGCUCAGGGAAAUAAUCGUAAUAUAGAGAUACCAUUUACUUCUUGUCCACCUGCUACCAGUAUCGUUUGGUAUUGGAAUGGUAGUCGUACUUUGCCUGAUCCAACAAAACGAACUGUUCCAGAUAAUGAUUCAAAGUCUCAAGCGGUACUUCGUCUUACUGCAGUACAAGUUUCUGAUGCUGGAAUUUAUGAAGCUAUUAUCACUAAUCCAUAUGGAGAAGCUAAAGCAACCAUAACAUUGAAAGUUCUUGGAGUCCCUGGUGCAGUAACAUCAUUGGAAGCACAUGUUGAGUCACCUACAGAAGUAUCUGUUUUAUGGAAACCACCUGAAGAUGAUGGCGGUAGCCCAUUGACAGGAUAUAAAGUUGAACAACGCCAAUUGGCUCCUGAACCUGGAGGUGUUUUACGUUCUCAGGCUAAGGAGUGGAAGUCAAUUGCAAAUGUUAGUUCGAAAUCAAAAACAUCUAACGAUGAAGAACCAUUUGUACAUCGUAUCACAGGGUUAACUGAAGGAGCCACUUAUUUGUUUGGUGUUUCUGCAGUUAAUGAUUGCGGAAGUGGACCAAGGAAAGAAAUUACCGAUGGCUUAAUAAUGAAAUCUCCUUAUGAUAUUCCGGAAAUUCCAAAGCAACUUACUGCUAAAUCAAUAAAUCAUUCCACUAUUGAAUUAGAAUUCAAACUACCAGUCACUCAUGUGGAAGCGCCUUUAACUAGUGUAAUUGUUGACUAUCGUCCUAAAAGUGUAUCAAGAUGGAAAACCCAAACAUUUGAACCAUGUUCUAUAGUACAAAUUGAUAAACUUGAAGCAAAUACAGAAUAUGAAUUUCGUGUGAGUUGUACUAAUUUGGCUGGUAAAAGUGAAUCAUCAAAUCCUGUUAAAGCUAAAACAAAACAAUUGCCAAAACCUCCUGAUGCUCCGAAGCUUGACAAUGUUACACCAGUCAAUACAAACUCUGUAAAAGUCAAUUGGUUUUCUCCAACAAAUGAUGGCGACAGUCCAAUUAUAUCUUAUCAAAUAGAGAUGUGCGAUGCUAAAAAUGGCACUGAAGUAUGGAAACCAAUUGAGGCUUUAAACAUAGAUCGUACGGAUCAAAGUUUGCUAUCUCCGGACGAACAAAAGUCAUAUGAGUUAAUUGUGAAAAAUUUAGACAAUUCCAAAUCUUUCAAAUUUCGUGUUAUUGCUGUGAAUAGUAUAGGACCAGGUAAACCGUCUAGAAGUUCACAACCUGUUACACCUGGAAUUGAAGUCAAUAUUAUUCGACCAUUGAAUAAUGUUUGUUUUGAUGAAAUUCCAAAAUCUGGGACAAAAGUUGAAUUAGAAUGUGAAUUAAGUCAAUCUAAUUGUCGAGUAAAUUGGUUAUAUAAUGGAAAACCAAUUGUAUUGGGCAAGAAAUAUGAUUUCUCUCCAGAAGGAAAUGUUUAUCGAUUAAUCAUUAAUGAUAUAACACUUGAAGAUAUGGGAGUUUAUGAACUGAAUUAUAAGAAGUUAAAAACACAAUGUAAAGUAGAAGCUAAAAUUCCACCAACACUUCUUGAAGAUACUGAAGAAAGUCAUACACGUCGUAUUAAUGUUGGUUCAAAUUGUGUAUUUGAAGUACCAUUUAAAGCUUAUCCAAAACCUACUAUAAAAUGGCUUGCUCAAAAUAUACCUAUUACUGAUAAAACAAAACGUUAUCAAGUUAAUAUAGUAGCUGGUUUAACAUCAUUAUCUAUACAACGUGUACAAAAAGAUGAUACUGGUCAAUUAGUUGUUAUCAUUGAAAAUGAACAUGGAAAAUUAACAUGGAAAUGUGAACUAAUUGUUAUUGAUAAACCAAAACCAGUUGAAAAUUUAACUGUUGAACCAAGUAUAGAUCGACUUCAUAUGAUAAUGAAUUGGAAACCACCACGUAAAGAUUUAAACAAUCCAAUAACACAUUAUGAAUUAGAAUAUCGUAAUUCAAAAAAUCGUUCAUGGCAAACAUUUAAAAAUGGUCCAUUAGAUAUAGAUGAUUUAUAUAAAAUACCUAAUAAUUUAACAAAAUUUGAAAUAAAAAUUACAGAAAAAGAAACAGCGAAUAGUCUAGCACCGAAUACAGAUUAUUAUUUUCGUAUAAUAGUUGUUAAUGAAGUUGGAAAAAGUGAACCAACUGAAACACGUUCAUUCAUUAAAACACCAUCAUUACCAAAACCACCGAAAUUAAAGUAUGAUAAAACUUUGGAAACGUGUAAAACAACCACUGGACAAAAGCAUUCUAUACCCGUUAGUGUAGAAGGUGAACCAUCUCCACAAAUAGAUUGGAAAUUUGUUCCUGACGGUCAUCCAAGUGAUGAGAGAAAUUCACUUCCUAGUGAUGCACAAACAGAAGCAUCCGGUCCUGACCAAGAUGGUGUGAAUAAAAUUGCAUUGAAAUUCCGAAAAAUAUCACGAUCAUGUGACGGCACAUAUAUUUUAACAGCUGUAAAUAAUUGUGGUGAAGCUCGUGCUGAAUUUCAUGUGACUGUGUUGGGUCUACCAAGUGCACCACAGAAUCUUAUUGCAACAAAUCUGUCAAAAACUUCCAUUCGUCUAAAUUGGUCACCACCUACUGAUACUGGAGGUAGUCAAGUAUUAAAUUACGUCAUAGAACAAGCUGUAGUUAAAAGUAAUUUGGCUACACCAUCUAGUGUAGGUUAUUGGGAACCUGUAACACGUAAUCUUCCAGUACAUGAAGCAUCUGACAGUUCUACAGGAUGUAUUUAUGAUAUUAUUAAUUUGGCAUCAGAAAAAUAUAUGCUUUUUAGAGUAGCAGCUCAAAAUAAACAAGGAAUUGGUGAAUUUGAAGCUAUUACAAGUCCUCUUUUAGUUACAUCUCCACACAAUUUACCCGGACCACCAAAAGAUUUAAAUGGUACAACUGAUAAAGAUGGACAAGUUCAUUUAGAAUGGAAACCUCCACAACAUGAUGGUGGUGCUAAAAUUAUGAAUUAUAUCAUAGAAAAAUGUUUAUCAUUAAAAGAUGCUAAUUGGUCUGAGAUUAAACUUCCUGAUUCACCUAAUACAAUGCGAAUUAUACCAAAUCUUAGAGAUGGUAUCUGCUACUUUCGUGUAUCAGCUGUCAAUGAUGCUGGAAAAGGUUCACCAUCUAAUAUCAUAGAUGUAGAUGUUAAAAAAGGUUCUGAUAAACCUGAUCAACCAGGCCAACCAACUGUUGAAGUAAUUGCAGAUGGUGCUGUUCAACUGCGUUGGUCACAACCAUUGAAUGAAGGUACUGGUGGACCGAUAAAAGGCUAUGAAGUACAAAUUUGUGAAGUUGGUUCAAUUAAAUGGAAACCUUCUUCAUCAGAUUUAUGCUCAGUGAAUGAAAUUCGUUUAACUGGAUUAAAUCCAGCACAAGAUUAUUUGUUUAGAGUAAUUGCAGUUAAUGAUGCUGGGUUAAGUUUACCUUCUGAACACAGUAGACCUAUUCGUCCAGCUACUGAUGUGGAUUUCGUUCGUCAGUUGGAGAAUCAAUCUAUUACAGAGUUACCAUCUGAUGUUGUAUUUGAAUGUGAACUCUCUCGACCUGGUAUGACAUUGAUAUGGUCCAAAGAUGGACGUGAUCUAAAUUUAUCAUCACGAUGUGUGUAUAGCGUUAUUGGAGAAGGUGAUAAAGCUUUUUGUAUUCACCGACUAACUCUUAUAAAGGUUAGUCCAGAUGAACAAGGUGUAUACAGUGCGAGAUUAGUAACUGGGAAAAAAACUGAAGCUAUAUUGACGAUUGAAUGCCCACCAAAAAUAUUUUAUGAUGGACCGUUAGAAAUACAAUUACUCAGUGGAAAAAGUACAGUGAUUGAAGUACCAUAUACUGGUGCACCAUUCCCAGACGUUAAUUGGUCAUUUAAUCAUGGACCAUUACCGAUCGGAGCAAAACGUCAAUCUCCUAUUGCGUCAGUAGAUACAGUAUAUGGAUUAACAUGUUUGCGUCUGCGUCACGUUACAGGAGAAAUUACUGGAAAUUACAAACUUCUGAUAAGUAAUGAGCUGGGAAAGGCAACUUUAGAACUUAUUGUGAAAGUACUAGAUGUUCCAGGACCUGUACGUCAAUUGAAGGCAACGGUUCAAAACCAACCGUCUGGUACUGCAUUACUGACAUGGCAAGCACCAAAAGUGGAAGGUGGUUCACCAAUAAUUGGUUAUCUUGUCGAAAAACGUGAAGCGAAUAAACGUAGUUGGACACCAUUUGGCUCUCAAGUUAAGGAAUUAAGCUGUGUCGUUGAUGGUUUGACAACUAAUACAGGUUAUUUCUUCAGAGUUAUGGCUCAAAAUAUAUCAGGUUGCUCCGAGCCAACAGAAACCGAUAUAUCAGUAGUGAUACCAUGUUUAACAAAACCUCCAUCGGCUCCAGGGACACCAGAAGCAAGUGAUAUUGGUACGGAUUCAUGUCGAGUCAGUUGGGAACCACCCAGUUCAGAUGGUGGUGCUCGAUUGACAUUUUAUCAUUUAGAGAAAAGAGCAAAUCUUAAAGGUAAUUGGGUAAGAGCUUGUGCGGAUAAAUUACCUAUUCUGACGAAUGAAGUAAAAUCUACCUAUGUGACAAAAGUAACUGGGCUUGUACCAGAUAAUGUCUACGAAUUUCGUGUAGCAGCUGAAAAUGCUGAUUUUAUGGUUGGUGAAUACUCCAAUUCAAGUCACAGAAUUUCAACUCAGCUACCAUUCUCUGUACCCGGUAAACCAUCAAGACCUGAAAUUCAGAAUAUUACAGAAACAACUAUUGGUUUAGCCUGGAAAGCACCAUAUGAUGAUGGAGGAGAUUCAGUAAAAAAAUAUGUUGUUCAAUAUAAAACUACAUCAUCAAGUGAAUGGAAAACAGUUAGUGAAAUGCCAGUUGAUCUGGAAUUUACUGUAGCUCAUUUACAAUCAGAUGAACAAUAUGAGUUCCGUGUAGCAGCUAUCAAUUCAGCUGGUCAAGGACCAUGGUCUGAUACAUCGGAACCAUGUAAUCCAGCCAAAGCGAUCGAAUCUUCUAAACCUUCAUUAGUCAAUCCUUUAAGUAAUGUAACAGUAUUGGUUGGUCAAUCAGUUGAAUUAAACUGUGAUUUUCAAUUAGGUGAACCAAAAGGAAAUGUUACUUGGUUUAAAGACGGUAAACCAAUAAGAAGUCAAGUCAAGUAUUCAACAAGUUCAGCAUGGGAACGCAGGGCUAAUUUAAAAAUAAAUCGUACUAAAUUAGAAGAUGCUGGUGUAUUUAGUUGUGUAGCAGAGAAUCCAUCGGGUAAAGUUGAAACAACAUGUCGUGUAAUUGUAGCUCAAAAACCUAUUUUAAAUCUUGAAUUAGACAAAUCUGUAUCAAGUAAUGUAACUGGAAUUUUAAGUAAAUCAGAUCACUUAACUGGUCGGGUCGGUGGCUGUUUAGCACUGAAAGCAACUUGUGAAGCUUUUCCAGAUUGUGAAGCUAUAGUAUGGUUUAUCAAUGGAAAACAAAUUGAUUCAAGUUUAGAUUCAGAAUUAUUAUCUCGUGUAAUAAUUAAUGAUACACCUACAAGUCGGAUUUCAAAUGUACCUAAACCUCAAGUUUCCAUACUAACUAUCAGUAAUCUACAUCUUUCGGAUGCUGGUGAAUAUGGAUGCAGUUCAGUAAAUGAAGUAGGAACUGCUCAAUCCGCUAUAAAAUUAAUUUUAAACGAUCGUCCACAACCACCAAUGUCUAUUGAAGUAACUGAAACUCGUGGUCAAGAUUGGAUAGAGGUUAAAUGGGAAAGACCAUCUAGUGAUGGUGGUUCAAAAUUAACACGAUAUAUUAUUGAACGUCGUGUUAUUGCAACUUCUACUUCUAGAGAUCAACCUCCAUCAAUUCAUGAAACAAAUUGGUCUAAUGUUGGUCAAGCUGGACCAUAUGAUGAUCAUUUACGAAUACAAAAUUGUAAGCCUGGGACAGUUUAUUCAUUCCGUAUUUUUGCUGAGAAUGAAAUUGGUAUAAGUGAUCCAACAGAAAUUGAAUCACCUUAUCAAAUGAAAUUAUAUACAGACUUACCAUCACCCCCGACUCAUGUCACAGCAGAACGUUCAUCGCCAAGAGAAGCUAAAAUUCAAUGGCGUCCACCUAUUAGUGAUGAUGGUGAUUCUAUUCAAGGUUAUAUGGUUGAAUUACGUGAAACACCAGAUCCAAAAGAUCAAUAUACAUCAAGAUGGACACAAGCCAGUCCGAAAUUAAUACGAUCCGCCACUACCUUAAAAGUUGAUGAUUUACAUCCUGAUAUGUUUGUUCAAUUCAGAGUUCGUGCUCGUAAUCUAGUUGGAUUUAGUGAACCAUCUGAACCAUCUGAUUGGAUUGAGCCUAUAGUAAAAAAACCCCGUGAAAGUAUAGAUGAAUCGACGCGCAAAAAAGAUGACACUACGAAAUUACCUAAAGAUGAUAAAUCACCUUUGGAUAUUGUACAAGAAAUAAUUGCACUUAAAGAAGCUAGUCGUCCGAAGAAAAUAAUUGAUAAAGAUGCACCUCGAAUACAGCUUAUUAAUGAAGAUACUUAUCGUUUAAGACCAGGAAAUAAUUUACGUGUCGGUGUACAUCUUGAUUCUGUUUCCAAAGCUAAUGUAGAACUUUUAACAGCAAGUGGCCAACCAUUACUUGGGAAUGCACUUGGAAGAACUCGUAUAGAACAAUUUGGAGAUGAUUUCUAUGUGAAUUUACGUAACAUUAAUCUGUCUGAUGCAGGUACUUAUUGUAUAAAAGCAAUAAAUACAGCAGGUGAAAGUAACCAAUUAAUCCAUUUAAUUGUUCUCACUGAACCACUUCCACCGAAAUCUCCAUUAACAGCUAAAGUAAUUGAAAGUCCUAAAGGAUACUCUGAAGGUGCAACAGUUGAAUUAACAUGGGGACCAUCACCAUUACGUGAUGGGGAAUCACCAGAACUUACUUCACCAGUAUUAGGAUAUUGCAUUGAACGACGUGAAGGUCAACGUCGACAACAAUUUAAUUAUCCUAUUCGUUUGGUUGGUUCAGAUAAAUUAUCUGUAAAAAUACCAGAUUUGAAACCAGGAAUUGAGUAUGUAUUUCGUGUCAGUUCAUAUAAUGAUGUAGGAUCAAGUGAACCAACUUAUUCAGAACCACUUAUCAUUAAAUCUCCAUAUGGUGUUCCUGAUGCACCUAAAGGUCCUUUAGUUUGUUCUGAUUUAACGGAUUCCUCAUUGAAACUUACUUGGUUACCACCUGAAGACGAUGGUGGUCUACCUGUGAAAAGAUAUUAUAUUGAAAUGAAAGAUGUUGGUAAUCCUGCUGGGUGGAUACCUUUGGGUACUGUUUCAGCAGAUUCUACUUCUUAUCUGGUUAGUGGAUUACAGCAAGGAUUCGCUUAUCGAUUUCGCGUGCGGGUUGCUAAUGAUGAAGGGCUUAGUGACUGGUUAGAAACAGACAAAUCUAUAUCUUUCCGUCGCCCAGUUACAAAACCAUCUCAGCCUGAGGGACCUUUACGAAUGCUGCCAGAUGGAGAUAGAGCCGUCCGUUUAACUUGGAAUGCUCCGCUAGACGACGGUGGAUCUCCAAUUAAAGAUUUCAUAGUUGAAUUGUGCCUCGAUAGAUCGGGAGAACAUUGGCAACCUAUUGGUGAAGUGCGUGGAUUAAACAAACGAAUUGAAAAUCUUAUUCCAGAUGGCAUUUAUAGUUUUCGCGUCAGUGCUCAUAAUGAAGACGAUAAAGUCGGCCCACCCCUCUAUUCAGAAAUCUACAAACCAGGUGCGCCUAUGACACCACCUGGCCAACCGGUUGGUCCACUAAAAGCCACAUGUAUCGGAAUCGGUCAAGUGAAAUUGGAAUGGAAACCUCCAAUAGUCGGUGGUCAAAGUGGUUGUGGAGUUCCUGAUGAGUAUUUAAUUGAACGCUAUGAACAAAAGAAAGCACGUUGGGCGUACGUAACUCGUCAAAGUGCUUCAACUGGGACAACUGUAGUAGUCUCUAACUUGCAGCCGGGUUCUGAAUGCCAGUUUCGUGUACGGGCUGAAAAUAGAGCAGGGUCUGGUCCUUUCCUCGAAUCUGAUCGUCCAAUUACAGUCAUUAGUCCAUUUAAUCCACCUGGUCCACCUGAAGGUCCAAUUAAUAUCUCAGAAGUUCAAAUGGGUGCUAGUCUAGCGGACUGUUCGGCUCGUAUUUCUUGGAGACCUCCGUUAGAUACAGGUGGCUUACCACUUAUUCGUUAUGUGCUACAAAUGCGUUAUGCUAAUACUCCGGGUUGGCAUAGAGUGACGGGGCUUCAACGAACAAUUAGUACGGAUGAAAUAAGUGAUAAAUUAGACACUGCAAAAAUAGAUUUGGCUACUACUUCACUUGUAACUGGUUUAAUGCAAGGUCAACGCUAUAUUUUCCGAGUUGCUGCUGUUAAUGAAGUCGGAACAGGUGCAUUUUUAGAAUCCGAAACAUUUGAAAUGCCUGAAGAUGAUAGCUGUAAACCUAAAGCAGACUGGGUUCGUAUUGCUGGAAAAUCAGCUGAUAGUGUAACUGUAGAAUGGCUUGUCCCACACGAUUGUCGUCACGACCAUGGACCUAAUCGAGCUCAUCACCUAGCUAUUGAUGGUUUUCGUGUGUUCGUUAGACCAGCAACAACACCUCAGCCAAGCAAUAUAUCUCAAUGGCAACAAGUUGCUGAAUUAGACCAUUAUCUUAAUCGUCUGGUUGUAGGAAAUUUAAAACCAAACCAAUUUUAUUAUUUUGGUGUGGCUGCUGUGAAUCAGUCAGGUCAAGGUGAAAUCAUUUCUACUAAAGAACCUGUUUGUCCAGAAGCUAUUACAACUGUACCAAGUCAACCUAUAGGACCAUUACAAGUAUCUAAUAUAACAGAUAAUAGUUGUCAAUUAUCAUGGUUAAGUCCUGCAAGUGAUGGUGGCAGUCCAAUAUUAGGUUACAGAAUAUAUAAACGGGAAAUGUAUCGACGCAGUUGGCAAGAGAUUGGACGUAUAACUGAACUAUCUGGGUUGACUAGUUCAAGACAAUUACAAUUUCAAGUACAAUAUUUAAUGCAUGGUACUGCUUAUGAAUUUCGUGUUGUAGCUGAAAAUAAGAAUGGUUUAUCUGAACCAUUAGAUACACAAGCACAAGUGCAUCCAGCCAAAGAGACUAGUGUCCCAGGACCACCGAGAGGACCAUUACGUGUGCGUGAAGUUCCUGAUAAUAUUGGAACACUCGAGUUGACUUGGUCACCACCAUAUGAGUUAGGAGGAUUACCUAUACUUGGCUAUCAAUUAGAAAUACGUCAAGGACGUUCAUUUAACUGGAAACCAUAUCCUUCAUCGAAUGAACUUGUUGCUUAUGGACCUGAAUCUAAAUUUCAACCGUCUCACAUUAUUACCGAUAUACAACCAAAUAAAGAGUACUUUUUCCGAGUGUCAGCUGUCAAUAAAGAAGGAGUUGGUUUACCACUUACUGCUGAUGAUAGUUAUGUGAAAUCUAUAAACUUAGCUCCACCAAAACUUGUAAUGGGUCGUCGAAUUCCCCCCGAUGAAGCUGAAGAUCAAAGUCAUGAGAAACCAAUACUACAAGUUUCUUGGGAAUGGACUCCACUAAUGGCAUAUGAACCACAACCAAUAGGUUUUCAAGUGGAACGACUUGAUAUUGCAUCUCGAGGUGGGAAAUGGGAAUCGAUUGAUUUUAUUCCUAUCAAUGAUCGUACACAAAGAAAUUAUACUCACCAGUCCAUUUCACCAAGUCAUGAUGGGAGUUAUAAGUUUAGAGUAUCCACUGUAUACAAUGAAGGUGCUAGCCAACCGGUUGAGACGGGCGUUGUAUUGGCUAGUCUUCCGACAAUAAGACGAUCUGAUUCGACAACGCCCGGUCACUAUGUACCUCCCGUUCCAUCUGUUUUGCUCAAAUCUGAUAGUAAACUAGGUUAUGAACUUGAGUGGGAGGCUCCAGAAGGUCAAGGUGCUGAAGACAUUAGAGGGUAUACGUUGGAAGAUUGGGAUUCAAGGAAACAGAAGUGGGCACCAUUAAUAGAAAUACCAGUAAGUGCGCCUCGGCAGUUAGUUUUGGCUGCAUCACGCACACCUGACAAGGACUAUAAAAUGAGAAUUAUCAGCCAUGGGAAAACUGGCAAGUCUAUUCCAACGGAAUUUGGACUAUAUCGGAGUCCUAUUGAGUCAAUCUCAUCUAGGCCUCCAUCUAGAUCAUGGACAACACUACCGAGUACAUCAGGUCUUCCAAUGUCUACGACGUCCCAUGAUAAAACUCGUCCACGAGCAGAUAUUGACGAUGAUUUUGAUUUGGAAUUGGCCAUGAUUACUGGAGUUGAACCUGGUUCUGACGAAGUAAAUGAGUUCAUUCGCUCAAGGCGUCAAAUGGUUCAAGAUAUGACGCAACGCAUGAUUACACCAUCAUCCCUAGGCAGACUUAGUUCAUUAGAAAAAGGAAGACUGGAUCUAGAUCGCACUGACAGUUCACUAUAUUCGACUGGAAGGUUGACUUCUCAGUUAAGUAUUUCUUCCCCAGCCGGUCUGUAUAUUUCAGAUCAACUAAGAGGAGAAAUAGUAGGUCCGACAUCUGUUCAUCUCAUUUGGCCUGAACCAAGUGGGUGGUUAGCUCCAGACAAAAUAGCUUUUUAUGACAUUCAGAAGUGGGAACCUGCUCAUUCUAAAUGGGUUUCUAUUGCCAAGGCUCCGUCUAAAGUUACAGACUACAUUUUAACUGGUCUCCGGUCGAAUGAUGAGAGCGGAUGGUGGUUCCGUGUAGUGCCUUCAGGCCGUGAUGCAGAAUCGAUUGGGGCACCUUAUCAAAUGGCUAAACCUCUUUAUCCAAGAUCUCAGCAUGCUACAGUUCCUUCUUCUGUUUGGGGUGUAGAAAUUUCUCCUGUUUUUGGUUUACAUAAGAUAGAUCAACGAACAAUUCAAGUUAACUGGAUGAAACCUAGCAAUGAUGGUGGUUCUGAUAUACUUGGUUAUCGUUUACUAAUUUAUGAUGCCGAUACUGGUGAUGAACAAGAGAUAAUUGUUUCUCCAAAAUUUUUAACUUCUAAAAUUGACUCUUUAGAAGCCUUUCAUGUUUAUAGAAUUACAAUUACUGCAUUUAAUCGUAUUGGUGAUUCUAUACCAGUUACUUCAACUGUACCAUUACAUCGUGAAACACCUGGCCUACCAUCCCUACCUUUACCACCCAGUGAUUUUCGAGCUGUUUUGACAGAUCAUUUUAACAAAGAAUAUUCCAGUUGUAUUCUGUCAUGGAAACCUCCAUCAUUACUUCCAUCAUCACCUAUAGAUUUUUAUGUUAUUGAAAAAUGGAGUUCACAAUCUAAACAAUGGAUUCCAUUUAAAAAAGUUCCGUAUGAUGUGCAUGAAAUUGAAAUUACUCAUUUACUUGAUGAUGUAGAUUAUGGUUUUAGAAUAAGAUCACAAAAUGUCGCUGGCUUAAGUGAACCAUUGUGCUUAAACACUCAUAUUCGACCAAAUUUAGUCAAAGAAAAAGAUACUAAAGCGUUACCACCACCAGCUCCUGGAGCUCCAUUAGAAUUAAAACAACUUCAUACUAAUCAAAGUAUAUCAAAGUUAAAGGCAGUGACAGAGACUGCUAACCGUGUGAUGGAACUAUGCUGGAGUCAACCUACCUUCUUAACAGAUGAUGUAGGUCCAGUUAGAGGUUAUGUUGUUGAGGCUAGAAGAAGAGGUCAGGAAAACUGGGCGCUACUUGGUCGGCUACCUUCUACAAGAGACAGACAUUGGAAUAUUGUAUUUGGUCCUCAAAUCGGUGAUUAUAAUAGGACUCCAACCCUACCUCUCCCUCGGCUACCCUCAAUUCUUACCGACUCUUCUGGCAAGUGGGAUAUGAGUUUGCCACAAACCUUUUCGAAAAGUUACCCAUCUCCAUCUAUGUUGCCAGGAGAACCAAAAGACUAUGAAUUUCGUUUAUAUUCAGAAAAUGAAUUUGGAGUAAGUGAACCAAUUUAUUUAAGACCCAAACUUAGAAGUCCUUCUUUGAUUUCUGAACCACAUUAUAAUAGGCAAUCAGCCCUUGAGUACUACGAGUUACCAACUUACAUAUCACCUCCAAGAGGACCAGUUCGUAUAGAAACCAGGCCGAAGUCUUCUUUAUAUCAUGACAGAAUCCAAAGCGAUAAAGAUGUCACACCAGAAGAUUUGAUUUUGCAUUGGAAGCCCCCUUAUGAUACAACUAACAUUUCUGGCUACGAAGUAGUUUACCGCACACCAUAUGAAAUGAAAUGGCAACCUAUAGGUAGGACAGAUUUAUCCGACACAAAUCUAAAAAUACCAAGUUCAUUAUUAAGUGAUUUUCCACAAACUGUUCAUGUUGGUGUACGUUCUGUUGGUGAUUAUAUUCCCGGAAUGACUGAACGUCCAUACUCUGAAACAAUUGAAGAAGUCUUGUCCGUUCCACAAAGUGUGUUUACAUCAUCAUCUUACCAACCUAAACCUUAUAAAACAGUAAAAGAUACAUUCAGUCUACGGGCUCCUUCAGAGGUUCGUGCCAGUGUUUUCAAAUACACUCCUGAAAAAGAUAGUCCCGAAGAAGUAGCCUUGGCAUGGCGCCCACCCAGUGUGAAAUCAGUGGGAAAACAUGGUUUGGAAAGUUUGCCAGAUUCUUAUUUAAUUUUAACUAGGGAGUUAGGUCAUUCUGAUUGGAAAGAAAUUCAAACUAUACCUAGCAAUAUCACCAACACCCAUAUUAGAGCAUCUUUGCUACCACAAGGUCGAGAUAUAUAUAUUGGUGUGGCGCCUGUUCGUGGUAUUCAAAUAGGACCAAUUAUGUCUACUUUAGAUACAAUAAAGUUAUCAGAACCUACAAGCCCGGGAAGGCUCUCUUCAAGAAGUUCUUUACCAUUCAUUUCAGCUGAGCCAUUGAUUGUUUUACCAGAAGGACCAGAUGCAAUACGGGUUCAAUGGAAACCUACAGAAGCGUUAAUUAGUAAAUUACCUCAAAAAGGAAUUUCAGAUUAUCGACUAGAAAUGAGACGCCCACAUGAAAUGGACUGGAAGCCUAUUCGAAUUCCAAAAUAUAUAGAUUCGUUGGAUGGAAUACUACCCAUUUCAAGUCCAAUAGAAUAUAGACUGGAUAAUCUAAAGCCAGGUGAACGUGUUGAAUUGCGCGUCGCUACUCGACCAACUCAUUCAGCCCCAUCGAUUCCUAUAACUGAUACCUUAUUUUAUCAGUUCAUUCCUCCUUAUGAUGUACCUUCAAAACCUAGAGGACCUUUAAUGAUUGAUAUAAUACCUACCUGUUCUCCAAUAUAUUCAAGAAGGCCAUCAUCUAGUCUAGAAAGGAUUGAAUCUCCGUUAUCAUUCUCAACACAUACAACACCACACUUGGACUCAAAAGGUAUUCAACUUAAAUGGCAUGCACCCAGUGACACAGGUGGUUUACCUGUCACAGAAUAUGUGAUAGAACGUCGUGGAGGUCCAGUGAAAAGUACCGCAAGUGAAUGGAUCCCCGUAUUAUCUGUUUCAGGAGAGACGACUUCAGCAGUGAUUCCAUUUCCAAGUACUCUGAGUAAUGUUUAUCCUUAUUCUUACCGUGUUCGAGCAGUCAAUCGUAUGGGUGCAAGCAGUCCAUUAGAAACUUUAAGACCAUUAGAUUUUGAGACAUCAAUGUCAGAUCAACCUAGCAGACCUUCUUCUCGUGUUAGUUACCGGCCACUACCACCCUCUGCACCAGCUGGACCCUUACGAUCAGAAUUUCUUCCUUUUGAUUCAGGUCUUCACCUAGAAUGGCAACAUCCUCAAAAGAGUUCUUACAAAUUAGAUGAAUCACUGUCUAUGCCAUCUUCAUACGUGAUCGAAGCUACUGAGGCUAGUAGACCAGAUGCACCUUGGAUCGAAGUUGGCCGUGUCCCUGGUACUGUAACAUCGGCUGACGUUCGAAUUCUGCCUACACCGUAUAGAAGCGAGUCGACGGAACGUCCAUAUACACCAAGCCCAUACCAUGUACCCCCUACUCUUCUAUAUCGAAUAAGGGGUGAAAAUGAAUUUGGUUUAAGUGCACCACUUGUGACAAGAGUUGAACCACCUGGUUAUUCUGUAUAUGAAUCCAAACCUGGGUUCGAGCAUCCAAAACUAAGCUCCGGCCGCCUUGAAACUCGUCUACUGCCAAUGUCAUCAGAAUUUCAACUGCCUCAGAUUGAAUUACGCUGGCCGCCUCUUGCUCCAGAAUACAGACGAAAAAGUUUCCCAUCAUCGGCUGAUCACCGACCUAUAACCCCUCUCGUAACACCAGAUAUAAGUUACCUUGUUCAAGUUAGAAAAGCUGAAGACAUUGGAUGGCAGACAUUAGCCACUUUACCAUACGGUCAAGAAACAUUUAUUUAUCACCCCAAAGUAGAAAAAGUACCUCAUAGACCACGGUCUGGUUUGGGCUCAGUCUACAGACUAGAAGAUAGACCAAUAUUUGAAGCUUACCAGUUCCGUGUAGCUCCAAGAAGUCAUUUCGGUGUUGGGAGAUUCAUAGAAUCGGAUGUGGUCAGCUGGAGUCCGUCUCAUUUGCAAGCUGGUGAUUAUAGAACAGUAAGCUUACCGGGACCUAUUUCAAUGGAACUUAUGGUUCCAUCUGUCCCUCAGCCAAUAAUACCUUCUCCUGAGCGUUUCCACUUGGUUGAUGUGUCUACCGAGUCAGCUGGUGAACGUAUGCAAAACAGAUUGGGAAGUGUAACACUAUCCUGGCAUCCUCCAGCGGGUAUGUCUUCUACCUUACGCUCCACUGCAGAUUUUGUCGUUGAAUCAUGGCGUCCAGACAAACAAGAAUGGUGGCCGAUAGCACGACGACCAGCUGCUAUCAGUGCUGAAUCUGUACCGGGUAGAUAUGAAAUAACCGUUGAUCGCUUACCACUCGGACAAACCUAUCAUUUUCGCGUUCUAACGGAAACAAAAGAUGGUCGAAGUGAACCAGUUAUUCUUCCACAACCUGUUUUCAUGCCACAAGUAGAUAAAGAAAAGAAAGCGAAACCAGCUCCACCUUCUCAUCUCAGAGUGUCAUUAUUAACUGGCAGUACAAAAGGUGCUUUGUUAACAUGGCUCCCACCAUCAACAGUAACAUUCUCAGGUCGACGUAGCAGUUUGUCAUUACGUUGUCCUCCAACUGGAUAUAUAUUAGAAUAUUGUACAUUACCAUCCACAGGAAAUGAACCAACUACUUGGAAACGUUUGGCAGUAUUGGAUGCUUGGGAAACAUCUUACCAAACAACUGAUUUACAACAUGAAACUAGAUAUCUAUUUCGUAUAAUGUCUCGUGGACAGAUCACUGAUUCGCCACGUUCUGUAACACCAUCAAGGCUUGGAAAAAUUAGUCGAACUACAAUUGAUUCAAGCGUUCUUAGCGAACCAAUCCAUUCAGAAAUAUUUGAAAUGCCGAGAAAAACAAUUACUGUACCAAAAUUAACUGGUGAUUUAACAGUGAAAUCAACAACCAGUUUAUCUUCACUCUCACCAUCGGUUUCUUUACACUGGCAACCAAUUGACGAACCAUUAACAGGAUAUAUAGUAGAUUUAUAUGAUUUAAAAGAACCAACUGGUUGGAGAACAAUUACACGGAUUGAUACAACUGAAAUACGUCAUCCAUUCCAUGGUGUUACAGUAACAGGUCUUCUACCAGAUCAUUCUUAUCGAUUCCGUGUUAUACCAUAUAAAGAUGAUUUAUUUGGUCGACCAUUAGAAACUGUGAAAGCUUAUACUGUUCCAAAAGCAGCAGGACAUGAGGAUACUGAAUAUGAAUCAUUAAUUAUUCCUCCACCUAGGGGACCAUUAUACGUGGAACCGGUCGGUGGUGGUGUUUAUCGUUUAAGGUGGCAACCAGUGCAACUAAGAGGAUUAACUGACAUUAUGCAUAGACGUAAAUUAGAUGAGGAAAUUGAAUAUAUUAUUGAACAACAAACACCAAAUCGAAGAUUUUGGUUCGAAGUUGGCCGGACUCGUCUUACUGAUUAUGUACUACCGAUUAACAGUGCUACAGUUAGAUUUCGUAUACGCUCAUCAUUAGCUGAUAUUUCGUCAAGUAUUGACAAACACACUAACUAUUCACUUUCAUAUGAUGGUCUCCUCUCCGAAUGGAUUCAUACAUCAGAUGACAGUUUACAGUACGAAAAUAUACCUCGCAUCGGAAGUCCGAAGAGACGAUUAUCUAGUGAUGAAGUUUUUGACAUUGGUCGAAUUGUUCCAGAUGGAUUACGCGUUCUUCAUGUUGGUCCAACUUCUGCCUUACUGGGAUGGAAUUCUCUUAGAAUAGAUGAGGAUACAUUACAUCCAUACUAUCUCAUUUUAGAGCGACGUAUUAUUAAUAAGUACAAACCAAGUAUUUGGGAGCCUGUAGCAAGAAUUCGCACUUCUGAUACAUUAUACGAAGUACAUGGUUUAUCUUCUGGUACAACAUAUGAUUUUCGUCUUGUUGGAAUUGAAGAAUCAACUAAAACCCGAAGUACAAAACAUUGUCAACUUUCAAAACCAUUUACAACUCUUGGACAAAUUGAUUCACUUGAAGAUGAUAUGAAAAUAUUUUGGAUUGAUCAACCAAGAUCAUUUAAUGCUAUUAGUAAAAUUGAUGGAACUCAAGAAGGUAUUAUGUUAACAUGGAAAUCACCUGAAAUGCCUAAUCGUUUAGAUGAGAAAUUACUUUAUAGAAUUGAAGUAAGAGGUUUUAAUUUUUCAGGUGAACCAAUUACUAAUUGGACUAAAGUUAUUUCAGAAUUAAAAACAACACAAUAUUUUAUUAGUUAUAAUAAAUUAGAUAAUUUAUUUAGUCAAUCAUCUAAUUAUCAAUCUAGUAGUAUAUCAUCUAUAAAUAGAAGAAGGCAUAUAAGAUCAAUUGAUUUUGAUCAACAACAAUGGCAAUUUCGUGUAUUCGCUGAAUUGGAUAAUAAACAAAGUUUACCAGCUGUUACAAUGACACCAAUCACAUUAAUUCCUCAAGCCAAACGAAGUCCAUUACGUUUCAUCAAUUUGCGAGAUGAUCGCAUUAUUUAUGCUGUUCGUGGGCAAAAAUUAGUUUUGUCUGUAGAAGUUGAAGGAGAACCGAAACCAAACGUCUUUUGGUAUUUAAAUCACAUACAAAUAGAUGAAAAAAUAUUACCUGGUUGUCGUGUGGCUCAAAUUGGUGUCGGUAUUUAUGAAUUGACUAUUGAACAAGUACAACCAAGUCAUGCUGGUUUCUUAGAAUGUCGUGUAUGGAAUAUUUAUGAGUCAAUAUCAGAAACAUGGGAAUUGAUAGUUUCAGCGGUGCCACGAUUCUGCCGACUUGGAUGGGCUGCACAACCUCAUGAAUAUGAAUUAAGACAUGGAGACAGCUGGUAUCUACGUGUUCCAUUAGAAGGUUUAGACUAUAUACAAGACCGUGAUUGGAUUACAAAAGUUUGGUUCGAACGUUUAAGUCAUUUGACUCCUGGUCUUUCAGUUGAACCGUUAGAAAAUCGUGUUCGAAUAAAUCUAUCAUCUGGUUGCCGUUGGGUUGAAGUGGUUGUUGACAAAUUAAAUCUAGCUGAUAGCGGACUAUAUCGACUAUGGAUACAGAAUCAAGCUGGUCGAGAUUACAUCGAUUUGCGUUUACGUAUUGCUGAUAAACCUUGUGCUACACUACAGAAACCUCGAGUAAAACCACAUGGACCUGGAACAUUACUUAUAGAAUGGACUCCACCUUUGAUUACUGACCGUUUAGAAUCUUUAGUUAAAUUUACUGGUUAUCGGGUAGAGUAUCGUCGUGAUGAACCUGGAGAAGAUUGGUUCCUUCUUGGUACUACAUCUGCUGAUCAAACUUAUUUUAUUGCACGUAGUCAAUUAAGAAGAGGUGUAAAUUAUCGUUUCAGAGUACGAUUAGAAAAUUGGCAUGGAUUAGGACCAGCUAGUGAUGCAUCAGAGCCAGCACAAUUACCAGUACAUCGGCUUACAGAAGUUUUGGAUCUUAAUGAUAUGGAAUUCCGUCAUUAUACAGAUGGAUCAUUCGAUUCACGAUAUGACAUUAUUGAAGAGUUAGCUCGUACUAGAAAUUCUGGUCUUUAUAGACUUGCUGAACGCUCAACUGGUCGUUAUUGGUUAGGUACUAUUAUAGAUACAAGUCCAUCUGCAUUGACUAAACGUCCAGUUAGCGCUUUAGGUAAACGCGACAUCAGCUAUCCAGAAUUACCUUCGCGUCCAGUUAGUGUUUUGGAAACUGAACGCCCUGUUCGUAGACGUGCUUCUUAUGAUAUAUCAAAGUAUACAACUAGACAUGAUAUUACUGACUGGGAACAAGAGAAAGCCGAACGUGAACUGAAACUACUUUCGCGUAUCCAACAAGAAAACUUUGCACAUCUACAUGAAGCUUACACAGAAGCUAAACGUACUAUUUGUGUAAUGGAAGAUGUUACAUCUGGUGAUACAUUAUGGCAUCAAUUAGGUCGACGUAUUACAGUAACUGAGCAUAAAGCAGCGGAUAUAUUACGUCAAUUAUUAGAUUUAACUGCACAAAUACACAAAAGUGGUGGUGUACAUCUUGGUUUACAACCAGAGAAUAUCUUCUUUACUGAUCAAUCUAGACAACGGAUUGCAUUGGCUGAUCUAGGACAAACGCAUGCUUCAAAUGUUGAUAAACCUGUUCGUUUAUCAUUUCGUUCUAUGGUAUAUAUUCCACCAGAAUUAACUAAUGCUAUGCCAAUUAGUAAAUCUGCACGAGUUGGUCAAUCUGCUGAUAUGUGGUCAUUAGGUUUAUUACUUUAUCAAAUGACUACUGGUGAUACGGAAGGUCCACCUGAACCACAGAAACUUGAAAAGAUGCAUUAUUCUCCAAAAAUGGUUGAUUUUACUAAACGUUUACUACAUACUGAUCCAAAACAACGAAUGACAGUUCAUCAAGCUUUGGAACAUCCAUGGAUAACAAGUAUGACCACUAAAAAAUAUGAUACAGUUGAACGAGAAGAAAAAGAGGAUCACUUCAAAUCUGUUUCUUCAUCAAGACAAUAUUCAUCAAAUCUAUCUAAGAAUUAUGAAUCACAAAUAGAAGAUGAAAUUCUAGAAGAUGAUAUUGCUGAACGAAUAAAUAAACGUGCAUAUACAAGAUUAUUACGUUGGUUAGAUGCCAGUUAUGUAAAUGACACUGAUGAUAUUGAUACAAAUGAUACAUCAACUAUUCGUAAAUUGUCAAGAGUUGGAUCUAUUCAUGAUUCAUAUCAUCGUUAUUAUUAUGAUUAUCAAACAUCAUCAUCUAAAGAAUCUGAAGAAAUUGUUGUACAUGCAAGAAUUACACCACGUGGUCAAGCACCAGAAAUAUUAACACCUAUGGGUUCAGUAAGUGCUCCAGAAGGUAGUACAACAAUGUUACGUUGUGCUGUUUAUUUACCGAAAAUAAAAAAAUCAUCACAUCUUACAGAUCAGUUGAGUGAUUUACAAAUUCGUUGGUCAUUAAAUGGUCGUGAAUUAAAUAUUGGUUGUCCGUUACCAUCAUUAAAAACUCCUACGACACAACAUUAUGUAUGUACAUAUGAUACUGAAACAGGUGAUAUUAAACUUCAUAUCAAUGAUGUUACAGUAUAUGAUGCUGGAACAUAUGAAGUUACUAUUAUUGGUCGAUAUGGUCAAGUAUCUGAUUCAGCAAAUUUGAAAGUUUAUGAAUCAACAACUCAACGUUCAACUAUCAAUUCUGAUUUAUAUGUAACAAGUGAAUUAGGUGCACGUAUUCUAUUACCAUUAGUUGAUAUGACAUGUACAACUGGUGGUAAGAUUCAAAUGAAAGCUAAAGUUUGUGGAAUACCAGUUCCUCGAUGUACAUGGUUACAUAAUGGUGUCCCAUUAACAGCUUCAUCACGUAGACGUUUCUAUCAAGAAGAUAUGAAUGGUACAUCAUCAUCAUCAUCAUCAUCAGAAUUAAUGCUAAAACUUGAAAUAUCUGAAAUUACUACAGCUGAUGCCGGACUUUAUUCUUUAGUAGCUACUAAUAAAUAUGGAUCACAAACAUGUUCAGCUGUUAUUGAAGUAUUUGCUUCUCUUGAGGAUGGUUCAGAAGCACCACAUUUUCUUAAAGAAUUAACAAGUAUUACUGUUGUUGAAGGGAGUGCUGCUCGUUUUGAAACAUGUGCACGUGGUCAACCUGCACCAACUGUACGUUGGCUUAAAGAUGGUAAACCAUUAUUAACAGAUGGUAUACGUUUAUGUGUAUCACAAACAUCAACUGAAAGAUCUGGCACUAAUACAUCUAGUCAUACACUUUUAGUUAAAGAUGCUAUACCACGUGAUAGUGGAACAUAUACAUGUAUCGCAACAAGUUCAUCAGGUACUGCUAUCACUGAAGCAGCAUUACAUGUUCGUGGUUUAUUCGGUCGUGGAGGUCAUAUUGGUUCAGAUACAGUUAAUAGUGGUGGUAUUCGACAUCGUCAUCCUGAAUUCACUCGUCGUUUACGUAAUCAACAAGUUGAUUUUGGCAGUACUAUACGAUUAGCUGCAUCAGUAUUAGCUCAACCAUCAGCUACAGUGGUUUGGCAAAAGGAUGGUAUAGAAAUUUUAACUGACCCAUCGGAUGAUCCAAGAAUUACUGCUAAAAAUCAUAGCGGUCAUCUAGAAUUACGUAUUGAAAAUGUAUGCAAAGAUGAUUUGGGUCAAUAUACAGUGAUUGCAUAUAAUUCUGCUGGUGAAGCUCGUUGUUCAUGCAUUCUACAAGGUACAACUAAAAUGGAAAUACAAGUGCCUAAAUUCACUAAAGAACUUCGAGAUUAUACAAUAUUAGAAGGUACUAAUUUAUGUUUAGAAACCAUAGCAACCGGUGAACCAAUACCUGAAUUUAAAUGGGAAAAAGAUGGUUUUGAAAUUCUUCCUGAUGAAUAUGGUCCACCACGUAUCACACCUGGGACAAAUGGUAGUGGUUUAGCUUAUUUACGCAUUCACAAUGUUCGUAGUUCAGAUGCAGGUUUGUAUCGUUGCAUUGCAUAUAAUAGAUUUGGUCGUGAAAGAACAACUUGUAUUGUUCAUGUAGAAUCAACUAAACAAAAAGGUGUGCAUCGAUCAGAUAUGAGGAAUGGAUCAUUUACUUUGAAAAAAGACACAGAUUCUUCUUUAGCAUUGUUAUCUGAGAAUGGUAUUAAAGCAUCACCAAGGGAUCAUUCAGAUUCACCCAAAUUAACUGGAUAUAUUAAUGUGUUACGUCCAUUGCCUAAAACUAUUGAAGUUGAAGAAGGCAGUCCUAUUGAACUAACAUGUCGUGUUGAUACAAAUUUACAUUACAUUCCUACGUGGAGUAAAUCAGGUCGAACUUUAACAUAUGAUGGUCGUAGAAGAAUUACUCGUAGUAAAGAUGGUGAACUUACAUUAGCUAUUGAUCAAGUAAUGUCUAAUGAUGAAGGAUCAUACACAUUGACAUUAGAAGCUUCUGAUGCAAAUGCACCGAAAAAUCUAGAACCAAUUGUACUUUCUACACGUGUUCAAAUUAAAUCAAAACAAAGACCACGUUAUGAUACAGUUUCACGUGGAUCAUCUCGUGCUAAUUCUCGAGCAACAAGUGUUUCAAAUGGUCGAACUUCUAAAGAACCAUAAUAUCAAUCAAUUAUAAACAAAGAUAAAUGUUUACAAGACAGUAUAAAUUACAAUAACUAUGUAUUCAUAUAAGAUAUUUGUUUGUGUAUUUUUAGUCAUCUAAGAUAUUUUGACCUAUACAAAUAAUUUUGAUCUUGUUUCCAUAACAACAGUUUAUGUUAUCGAUAAUGAUCAUGAGAAUGACUAGGAUUUAACUGCUUCUAGAUUUAACCUUUUUUUCAAAAUAAACGAUUGUAUGUAACAUGACAAACAAUUAUGCAAUUAGAAAUCUUCAACAUUUCGAAAGUUUCGUAUUCACAUCUAUAUCAACUUCAUGAAGAUUAUGUACUUGUUUGUCUAUAUAAUAAUUUCUGUUAAAACUUGAUUAAACUUGAUGUAUGAAAAAUAUAAUAUUCGUUUCUUUUACUUUGUCUAAUAUAAAUCAAUUUUUUGUUGCUGUACACAUCCCCCUUUAAGUAUUAACUAUUAUGAAUACUACUACUGGUACUACUACUACUACUACUACUGCCACUGAUACCAAUGCUACCCCUAUCGCUACCAUUUUAUCUAAUUAUCACCUAAUGAUAAGUUCAUUUAUUAGUUUACAACAAUCUAUGUGUAAGAAUAUCCCUUUUUUGAAUAUAUCACAUUUCAUUAAAAAUACCCUGAUUCCCCUCUUCCACCUCCCCCUCCCCAAAAAAAUUUAUUUCAUUCAUCCUUUUAUAACUUAUUAAUUUAGAUAAUGUUAUUUUAAAGAGAGAAAUGAAUGCAACUCUACCAAAAAAAGGAAAAGAUUCUUGUAUUUCCAAUGAAAAACACAUUACGAUUAGUUUCAUUUAUAACUAAGUAACUAUAAUCAGAAUAUUUAUCAAGUUUAUCCAUGAAUUUGUUUGUUAUUCUUUCCUCUUUAACUUUUAUUGGUAAUUAUUACACAUCCUUAUAUACUACUGAUUUGAAUUAUUUAAUUAACCAAUUAAUGAAAUGUUUAAAUAAAUCACUUGAUAAUUAAUU